AUGUCAAACACUUCAAACGCUCCAAACAAACGAUCACACCCUUUCAACGUGUCAGGUGUAUUCGAAAUAUCUGAAAUACUCGCCCCUGCUAAUAAUCAGACUUUCACCUACCAAAACUCCACCGGCUCAAUCACGUGCAACGGCUGGAACGAUGAAAACGAGCGGGAGUACGACGGGGUCAUGACUGGAUACUCCGCUGCAAAGGACGAAGUUCAGGACGAAAGAUGCUACACUCUUAAGGGCAGAAUGAUCCCAUCGAUCGAUUCAGCCGACUUCCAGAUCUACUUUGACGCCACUCACAAGGUCGAUCUUGGGGAAUCUAACGCCUUUGCUGGCACACUGCACGAUAACACUGCAGCUUCCGGGUUCGGUAUAGUAGUAGCGAAGACUGAAAUGCCCGAUUUGAAUUCGGAUUCGCCAGUAUUGGCCUUUGUCAUGAAACACACAGACUACCGCCCAGAAGACAAGUCCACUCACGAGUUCAAAGUCGAGUACCGAAUGAGGCCAACUCCGAACCUCAAAAAAACGCAAGGAUUAGUCCAAGAAGGAAAGGAGACGUUGGUUCACAGGUAUAUUGUAGAUUGGAACGAAGAGCACAUGCGAUGGGUCGUCGAUGUAAGGCACAAUAGUAGCCCGGCUAAAGCGACGCCUGUGACGCCAAAGAAGCGGGCGGCACCAGUCAAAAAAGUGAAAGGUCGCUCAGGUGGUGCUUCAGUCCCCGAUGACUUGGUUGACAAGGAGGCGGCCGGCCUGACAGUUGGAGAGGACGUUGCAGUCCCGAAUAAGAAACGAGCAGCCUCCGCUGGCAAAGGAAAAGGACGCGCAGCGAUUCCAGUCGAGCCGGAGGAGGAGUUCAAUGACGACCUGUUUGAAACUGAUUUGGGGGAGGACUUUGACCCGCCUGAGCAGGGACCCAGCACGGGGCGCGGCACUAAGGCUGGCCGCCAACCUCGACACCCACGUGGCCAAAUCAUUUCUAUAAGUCAUUUGAUAUCGCAUGAUAGUAGAAAGCAUAAGAACCUCGCCGGUGGCGCGCAACUUCAUCUCAAUCCAAUGACUUCAAUAUACCCAGCAGCACCCAACGGCCCAGCUUCGAAAGACACCUCUGAGUUAGCAGAACAAAGUCUCAUUGAACGAUUCCCAGGCAAGAUGCCGCUUGAUAUCGUGUUUUGUGUCCCAAUAGAUUCAAAGCAUUUUAGGAAGCACAUACGUGCAUAUAACAAUGCCCUGUCUUUCACCUCCAACGGCGUCGAAACGGACAAGACCGUGGCUGGGAAUGGUGGCACAUGGACAUGUCGUAUUUUCGGUCAGCUCAGUCACAACAUCGGCUCGCUGUUACCACCAGAUGGACAGCCCAGAAAGUUUGCGCAGAUCUUCAUGAACGGGGAUCAACAAGACAGCGAGGCUGCAGCGCGGUCAAAAGCUGCCGGGGGUGGUCUUCGAUCAGAAAUUCUGAAGAAGUUCCAACGCUUUCUUUACGCCAAAAAUCCCUUCGCUAAACUUUAUAAGUCAGCAGAGGAAAUUGUCAAUAGCAAUGUCGUCAAGACAAUCAAAAUUAAAUCAAUGGCGAUCGGGAAUAGGGACAAGAACAGAUACAACUAUCCUACCUGUAACCAAGUCGCAGCCAUCAUACCAGGUGAUGGGGAGGUUGGGUCGACCGACCGGGAUGUGAUACUGCAUAGGAAGAGUGGCGCACUUCGGAGGAUAUCGGAACUUAACACGACUUAUUUCGCGUUACGCUACCCAGUUUUUUUUAUGCAUGGGUCCCAUGGUUGGGACGAGCAUUAUCGUAACACGGCAUCAAGACGUAAGUGCAAGAGGCUAAUGCUUCCUUGCUACAAUUGA